GUUGUUUCCCGAGGAGAGCGGGUUGCGUCGCGGGGCGUCCGGUGCCUUUCGAUUCGCGGGCGGGGUUGGCGACGCUUUCGGGCGCAGGCGGUCGUCGUGCGGGAGCGAGCGAGGACGGGGCUUCUCGGUCGCCAGCCGUGGCUCGGUCGCGGCGCUACGACCACGAGGAGGAGAUGCCCUUCAAGAGGCGGCAUACGGAGGACGGCUCGGAGGCGUCCGAGUGCCACAGCGAGGACGACUUCGCCGGCGCGGCCUCCGUCGCCGACGCCGCGUCCCCUGGCUGGGACACCGACGGCCACCCGCGUCCGCCCAAGAUCAGGAAAGGAGAGCCAGAGACGCCUAACCAUGUCUUACUUAUGACCAUCUUAAAUCCAGCUUACCCCAUCACAGUGGAUGUGAUACACACCAUUUGCCAGCCCUACGGAAAUGUCCUGCGUAUUGUUAUCUUCAAGAAGAAUGGCGUCCAGGCCAUGGUUGAGUUCGACGGGAUCGAGCCUGCCACCCGGGCGCGAGAGGGACUCCAGGGCGCCGACAUCUACUCCGGAUGCUGCACCCUCAGGAUUGAGUACGCAAAGCCAACGAAACUGAAUGUGUACAAGAAUGACGCGGAAAGCUGGGACUUCACAAACCCCAAUGUUGGAAUGAAGGAACCCCAGAACAACGGCAGCGGAGGCGGCGGUGGAUCCUCUCGCCCUCCCCUCCUGCAGGAGCCUCGCGGUUUCGGCAUGAACGCUGCUCCCUUCAGAGGCGGCAUGAACGGACAAAUGGGCGGCCCCCGCAACUCAGCCGGCGCCCUCUUCAACAGCCCCAUGCCUGACAGGUUCGGUAUGAACAAUGGAAUCAGUAACGGCGGACUGCGCGGUGGCGGCCUCGUGGGCGGCGGCGGCGGCCCCGGCCAGGGCGGUCCCUUCAUGGGCGGCGCUGGCGGCCCCGGGGGUGCCUCCCUGCAGGCCAUGGGACAGCCCCAGCCCGGCAUCCCACAACAGGGCGCCGUCCUCAUGGUAUACGGACUCAACAAGGACAAGAUGAACGCCGACAGGAUCUUCAACUUGCUAUGUCUCUACGGCAAUGUUGUCAGGAUAAAGUUCCUGAAGACGAAGGAGGGAUGCGCCAUGGUCCAGAUGGGCGACGCGCUGGCGGUCGAGCGCGCCGUGGCCAACCUCAACAACACGACAUUCUUCAGCUGCAAGAUGCAACUUGGAUACUCAAAGCAGGCUUUCCUUGCUGAUGUCCAGCAGCCAUAUGACCUGCCCGAUGGAACCCCCUCAUUCAAGGACUACAUGGGCAACAAAAACAACAGGUUCAUUAACCCUGAAAUGGCAUCCAAGAACAGGAUACAGCCUCCAUCCAAGAUUCUGCACUUCUUCAACACUCCUCCUGGCCUGGAUGAGGACCAGCUUAAACAGGUGUUCAUUGAUGGGGGAGUCACAGAGCCUAAGAGCAUCAAGCUGUUCCCAUCAAAGAGUAAGUCUGAGAGGAGCUCCAGCGGGCUCUUGGAGUUCAACAACAUCUCUGAGGCUCUGGAAGGAUUGGUGAUUGGGAACCAUGCACCCAUCCCCAACCCUAACAGCAAGUUCCCCUUCAUCAUGAAGCUGUGUUUCUCAUCCUCAAGACAUAUCCCCAACAAGAUGGCCGAGUGAAGAGCUCGCAGUACGACGGCAGCAGCAGCAGCGGUGGUGACCUGUCGUACCCGGGCCAUUUCAGUUGCUUCAUUGCUGCUUUAGUGACCUGCAGGGUACACCAGGGUUGUUGGCAGCCAGGCAGGGAAGAUUGGGGACACGUUAACAUCUUGUUCCAUUGAUAACAUUCUUGAAGAGUGUUUUCUGGAGGACCCGGAUGUUCACGGUCUCCAUGGGGUUGUUAGCAGCUCAGUGAGAUUGUUGGCAACUUUUGGGGAGGAAAUAUUGGCCAAUUUUUUGGGGUUGCUGUAUAAUUGUGACUGUGGGGAAUUAAUGAACAGCAGCUGGCUGAUGAUGAUGAUGAUGAUGAUGAUGAUGAUGAGAGAAAGAGAGAGAGAGAAAGACUGCUGGCUGUGUAGUUUUUUGAGAUGGUUGUUAGGGACAUUUCGCAGCACUUCUCCCCCCUCCCCCUCCCCCGCCAGCACCAUGGUGAGGAGGGGGGGUCGGUGUUUCUCUUCUUCCCGCUGGACUCCCUCAGGGACUCUUCACUGGCAAUGCCCCACUGGAGGCUCACUGCAGAUCAAAUUCAGGAAGCUUCAGUUUUUUUUUUUUAUUUUUUUAUUUUUAUUUUUUAAUUUUUAAUAAUUUGUACUUGGUAAAUAUUAUUAUUAUUUGUAAAGAAGCUUUGAUGUAAUAAGUAUCAUCAUCAUCCCCCCCCCCCCUGCCCCCAUAUAAAACAAACAAAAACAAACAAAAAAAUGAACAACCCUCAGUCUUUUCUAUGGUGACUGUCAAGUGUUUUAUGCUUUGUAGUUUGUGUAAAUGAUAAAGGAAAAGUCUUGUAAAAUUUAGUAAGGAUUUAGUUAACAGUAUAACCCAGAUUUUACUAGAAAUGAUGACAAGUUACUUGUAUUCUUGUGUUACCUUGCAUAUUGUCAUAGGAAAUAUGCUGUUCUUGACCUUAUUUUUUAGAGAAAUAAAAAUGUAAGUGGUAAUUUUAUGUCUAAUGUUUUCCUGAGGAGCCCAGCAGUUGUGGUAGGAUAAGUGCAGUAUAAACCCUCCUUGAGUUGGAAGCUUGGGCAGUACCCCACUGUCCGUCCUACGCUCUCUCUAUAUCACUAUUAUCAUUAUUCUGUAUCACAUGAGGAGGAGAAACCGGGUAAACUUUCAUUUAAUGAUUUAAGUAAAAGAAAAAAAAAAAAAAAGAAAUUUAGAGAGGUGUAUCUUCCUUCUCUGCUAUCGGCCCUUUUAUUUUUUCAUUUUUUUAGGGCUCGUCAUUAAUAAUUACUGAAGGUUUUCAUAAAUUUCUAGGUAAAGGAAGGGAAAAAGUAAGUCCUUUCCCCCCCCCAAGUGAAUCAAUUAUGGUAAAUUAGAGCCUUUUUCAAUUUUCCUUUGGAAUUACAGAAGAGGCUUUUCCAAAAUUAAGGGGGGGGAGGGGCUCAAAAGUAAUAAAACUGUCCAAGAAAAAGUUUUCCCGGUUGCCUUCCAUGCUCAUGCAGUGAAAUGUACAAUACUGUUCAAGAAUAGUGUGUUAUGUUUCUAAAAUUAUUCCAUGAUUAGGCACAAUUAUUAUUAUUCUCUUUUUGGAACUGUUUACUCUAUAUGAUACUUAUAUAUCAGUUCACUUGUACUCUUUACAAUGGAUUCAGAUCCUUUUCAUUGGUAUGUUAAGAAUAGGUCACCAGUUCUUAUAACACGGAUCUUACCUGAUAUUAUGAACGUGUGUGUUGAUAUCAUGAUGUAGCGUACUAGAGGUAUCUGGUCUUUGUUGCAAUAAUAGUCAUAGAAUUGGCCAUUGUAAGCCUUUGCACGUGCUGGACAGUGCGGCCCGAUGUGGCGUAUCCCCUGCCCAGCGUGCCUAGGAGCCCUGCGGCCAAGGAUACCUGUGAGGUUCAUAAUGGCCGAUCGUAUGACAAAUAGUCUUACACUGAAGAUGACCCGAUGUAAGUUAGUAGGAGGCAAUGUUAGUGGCAACAAGGAUACAUUGUUGGUAAAUGUAGCUGUAAAUUGGUAAAGCUUGGACGCGAGGGCAGGCUGUGUAAACAAGCAAUUAUUGAUAUACUUACAGUCCUGGCUUGUUGCCCUGCCCCACUGUCAAAGCAUAAGUGUUUUAGAAUAGCAUUUUAAUGCUUUUUCAUUUUCUUUUUUUCUUUUUUUUUUUCUUUUUUCCUUUUUUUUACUUUUCAUUUUACAUUAUUUUAAGUAGGUGGUAAAAUGGUGUCGUUAUAAUUAGUUUUUGAGUGUAGAGCAAGCAAGCUCGUAGCCUAUGAUUGCAACAGGAUAUGACAAAAGCUCUGUCAGUCCAGUAAUCAUUUCUGGUUUGUGCCACACUAUUUGUUUUGCCUCUAACAGUAAUUCAAUAAAGUUUUGAGUGAC